AUGUCAAGCGUUAGAGAGAUUCCUGGUUAUUAUUAUGAUGAAGAAAGAAGACGAUAUUUUAAAAUAGUUAAUGGAGCAAUACCGUCCAAUAGCUCCUCCUCCUCCUCCUCGUCAUCAUCACAAUCAGUAUCGAAAUAUCAUAAUAAUUCAAUCCAAGCAAAGCAACGAUAUACAAAUCAUUUAGCUAAAACUACUGCUUCAACCAAUAAACAAACUAAACCGAAUAAAAUCUUGAAGAUUCCUAAAAUUAUCAUUAAAAAUCCUAAUUUAUCAUCACAACAAUUACAAUAUUUACAAAAUUUGAAAAUCAAAUUUGCUAAUAUCAAUAAUGAAUUUAGUUAUACACCAAUUGGAUUAAUAAAUUUCAAAACUGGGACAACAACAAUUAAAUCUCGAAAUAAUUUAAUUAAUCGAAUAUCAAGUAUACCACCAAAAUAUAUUCCAACAUUAGUUCCCCGUGGUUAUGUAAUUGAUAAAUUUAAACAAUAUUUGAUUAUUUCAAGAUUAGGUUUACGACAAACUAUUCACUGUAAUAAUGGUAAUAUUUAUGAUUAUUAUCCUCGUUCUAUAGUGAUACAAUCUCCUUUAAUAGGGAAAAUAAUUGAAAUCCCUAUGAAUUGGCAAUUUUAUCAUCAAUCUAAUGGACAAAUUGAUAAAUAUGACUCAAUUGAUAAAUUUUAUCAUGAUUGUGGUAUUGAUGGAUUUGAUAAUACGAUUAUAUCAGGCGGGGAUAUUAACAAUAAUAAUAAUAAUAAUAAUACUAGUAGUAGUAAUAGUAAUAGUAUAUUUUUAUUAUCAAUUAUGAAACAUAGCAUUCAAGGUAAUAUUAAUUUUAUUUUACGAUUUAAUGUAAUAAAAUCGUUAAAUAAUAAUAGUACUACUACUACUACUACUACUAUUAAAGAAGAAGAAUUGAGUUUCCAUGAUUAUACUUGUCAAUUAAUGGAAUUUUUAUAUGAUAAUAUCUUGAAACAAAAUUUAAAUAAAUCUUUAAAGAAACAAUUAUUUAAUGCAUUAGGAAUUCCAUUAUGUUAUUUCACUAAAGAUAUGCCUAAUUAUACUAUUCAACAAAUAAAUCAAAUUUUAAACACCAAUUCAUCUUUAAACCGGAAUAAAAAUUUGUCUAAAAAAAUUAACGAAUUCAUUUAUCAACAAGAAAAUAAUCCACCAACUAUUUUAUAUCGAUUUAAACAAUAUUCUAAUACUAAAGGAUAUAGAAUAGUAAAUUAUCAAACUUUUCAAAAUUUCAUUUAUUUAACUAUAUCAAAUGGAAUUAUAAUUAAAUUUAAAUGGUCAAAUUAUCAAUUUUCAAAUUUCCAAUUAGUUGAUAUAAAAAUUGAUAAUUCUUUACAAGAAGGUCAAUUAUUAAUUGUUCAUGAAGAACGAGAACAACAACAACAACAACAACAAGAAGAAGAAGAAGAAGAUGUGAAUCCAUUUUAUAUACUUAGAACUGGUUGUAAAUUAAUAACCAUCAAGAAGAAAAAGAAAAAUACAACAACUCCCAUGAUUCCAUCUUCUUCAAUAAAUGGUAAUAAAGGCAAUAAUGAUUGGGAAUGUAAACGAAUAUUAAAAAAUUAUAAAAUUAUUAAAAAAAUCUUGAUGACUCAAACAAAUCAAUUGAUAAUAAUAUUAUUUGAUUCAAUAAUAUCAAUAAAUUUUCAAAACAUCAAUUCUUUAUCAUCAUUAUCACCAAUAUUAGUAUGUGAUUAUUUUAAUGAUAAUGAUAUUUAUCAACAAUUUGAAUUAAUUGAUAACUUAAAUAACAAUGAUGAUAAAAUCGAUUAUUUGAUUUUUAAUAUUGAUAAAAAUUAUAAUCAAUUUAAAUUAAUUGAAUUAAAUAAUUCAAUUGAUAAUGAUAAAUUUAAUCAUAUAAUAAUUCUGAUUCCAUUUCAAUUUCAAAAAUGUGGAUAUUUGAAAAAUUUCAAAUUAAUGAAAAUAAUUCCAUUAAAGGAAGAAAGUAAUGAUAAACUUGGUGAUAAUCAAUUAAUGAUGAUUGGAUUUAAUUUUUUGAAUCAUUUUGAAAUGACAACUAUUUUUGAAACAUUUCAAUUAUAA